AAUUACUGGUGUCUCUUACUUUGUCAAAACAACAUUUUUUCAACGAUGUCUUCAUUGAUUUUACAUCGAAUAUCUCGUCAAGUUAUAGAAUGUGGGAAACGAUCGUACAGAUUAGAACCCACAAUAGCAAAAUUUAGUUUUUCUCAAACUGGUACUCACACAACUCAGGUUCAAGCAAGGACAGAAGUUACCUCGGCAAAUCGAGAGGUAAUAUUCUCUGAAAGGAAUGGAAAGAGCGUAACAGACUCUGAACUAACUUUCGAGUGGAGUCAGCUUCAGACUGCCUACCAAUCUAAACGGAAUGAGGAGAUUUUACGCGCAAUGUUUGUACUGAAGAUAUGUUCCUACGACACUUUCGUCCGCAACAGUAUGCAGCUUAUGUCUUUAGGUCGAUGGGUGCUGGGAAGAACACUGUUUGAAUUUCUACUACGCAAUACCAUGUAUAGCCAGUUUGUGGCUGGGGAGACUCUACCAGCUAUACAGAACACAAUAAGAGAGCUACGUCAAUGUGGAAUAGGAACAAUGUUAUGUGUCCCUAAUGAAGAGGAUCUUUCAACUGAUUAUGAUAACUUUAGAGAUAGGGAAGCUAUGUUUGAUAGAAAUGCAAAUGCCAUCUUUGACUGCAUUGGAAAGACAGAAGAAGGAGGCUUUUCACAAAUGAAAGUGACAGCCAUAUGCAGCCCUAUGCUACUAAAUGUGUUGAACAAGCACUUAGCACCAUAUGAGGCCAGUACAGAGGCACUUGAAGGACUCGACAUUCCAAGUUUUGCCAAAGGGUUUGAUGGGAAGUUAAAUGUGCCCGUUUUAAAUGACAAUCAAAAUGAGCAUCUCUUCAAUGUAAUGAAAAGACUAGAUAAAUUUGCUGAGGCAUGCAUAAAUCGCAAUGUGCGAUUGGUGAUCGAUGCAGAGCAGACAUAUCUACAGGCAGCAAUCAAUCAGUUGGUGUUAGUACUUCAGUACAAAUACAACAGAAACAACCCUUGGGUUUACAACACCUAUCAGUGCUACAGAAAGGACACUUAUGACAGAGUGAUGGCAAAUUUGGAAUUGAUGCAAAGACUAGGUUUCCACUUUGGUGCUAAGAUUGUUCGUGGAGCAUACAUGACAAUGGAGAGGAAUCGAGCAGCUGAUAUGGGUUAUGAUGACCCAAUACAUAACAGCUACGAGGAUACUUGUAGAAUGUAUGAUCAAGUGGUAGACACUUUGUUACACUUGGCAAGUCGGACUCCAGCAGAAGUCAUGAUAGCCUCUCAUAAUGAAGAAUCAGUCAAACUUGUUGUUCAAAGAAUGAAAGAACUUGGCAUUGCACAGGAUGCAGGGAAGAUUUCAUUUGGACAACUGUAUGGGAUGUGUGACCAGGUCUCUUUCUUAUUAGGGCAGAAAGGCUUCAAUGUGUACAAGUCAGUACCUUAUGGCCCUGUUGGUGAAGCACUUGCUUAUCUUGGGCGCAGAGCCACAGAGAAUAGAGAUGUUAUCAAAAGAACAGAAAAGGAAAGAUCUCUCUUGUGGCAAGAGUUAAGAAGAAGAAUCACUUCCCUAGCUCAUUAGUGUGAAUAAUGCUAUCUUCUGACUAAUGUUAUUAAUUUCUUUCAUUAGCAUAGCUGUCCUUUUAAGGUAGUGAGGAAUAAUCAACAUAUAUUGUUCAUGAAUGAGCCAAAAGUUGGAGAGGAAAUAUAAAAAUAAUGGCAUGGGUGCACAGUUUUGGUGUUACCAAUAAUAAUCAGAUUUGUAAUCAAGGUGGUUUAUUUGCCACUUUGAAAAGCACUCUCAAGGGUUUGAUCCUUGAUGCAGACAAAAUCAUAACUGACAGGAAUUUGAUGUUACUCAAGAACACCUUUAUAGUCGGUCUUUUCUGACUUCAAAUAGCUCUAUAGCUCAGAGGAAACAUUUAUAGAAAAACAAAUUUGUAUUCAAUGGAAAACUUCCAUUAAUAGCUAGAUGUUUUUAGUAUAUCUAGUGGCCUCUAAAACAAAAGAUUCCCUAGAAAUUGCACCACACCCUUAGCCACAAGAAAUGCUUCUCUAGACAAAUGCUAAGAAUACUUCUACUCCAAUUGAGUAAUGGGAAGUGAAAUUCUCCCAAUGGAGUUCCACUUUUAGGCCAAUAUGCUAUUCAUUUCAUAUCAAGAAGUGUUAACUGAAUUUAUGGCCUUUCCUACCAUUGUGGGGCUUUUCUAUGUUUUUCCAAAGGUAGCCAGCUGUAAUUCAUGCUUAAAAUUUAAAAUAGGUUUUGAAUUUACUCGCUCAAGAACUUCAUUAAGGGCUACUUUUUUUUAAUAGAUUGCAUCUCAUUGCAGGUUAAAACUGAAGGAAUCUACAUUAAAACAACGAGAUUCAUGCCAAGCUAAAAAAACUUACAUUUAUACUAGGCUAGCUUAACUGUAUUUUGUACAUUCUGGCUUGGCAAGACACUCAAAAUCCCCUCCAUUUAAGAGUUUAACCCUUUGACUCCUUCGAGUGGCAAAAAUAGAAUUUCCCCUUAUAAUAUCAAUACAAUAUCAGGCAGAUAAGUGAUGAUAAUAAAAAAAUAUAUUUAAUUGGGGAUUAUAAGUUGAUCAAAUACCAAAUUCUCAAAAUUAACAUCACAUGAACUGUAUGGCAGACAGUGAAGAGAAUUAGUUGAGAUCUUGGGAGUUAAAGGGUUGAAUAGGCAGUUGAUGCAAGUGCCUGAUAUAACUGUAUGGUACAGCUGAUGAGAGAAAUUGUGUAAAAAUAGCACUGCUGUGUCACACAAGUAAAAUGUAAUAAGGAAACAAUCCCUAUAUAGCUUUCAUAAUAGUUAAGCUUUAGAGCAAAUUAAUCAUUCAUUGCACAUUGUAUGUGGUUUUAUAAAUAUUGGAACUACAAACAGAACAGAUUAUUAAAUAUUGAGAGCUUGAUGUUGUUUUAAGUCACAUGUUACAAUUUGUUUUGUGAACUCCCUAGAGACCUGUUUGUUCAUGGAUAAGGCAUUAAAACUUUGUGAAUAAAACAAUAUAAUGCUCUCAAGAAAUGAUCAUCUUUAUUUAAUCACUAAAGGAUUUAAAAAGAUGAGGGCUUGGGUUAAAUUAUUUUCACAUGGGGAAGAACAAUGUAAUUGUACAUCGUGGAUCCAUUAAUUUUAAGUGAAUGU